GUUGCUGCUUUUUGAAACAGCUGUCACUAGCUACAUUUGCGAAACACAUCGUGAUAUUUAUUGAUCAAUAUUUGGAUUGCUUGGCUGACGCUAGAGACCGAGUAAAGUGCUAUUAAUUAUAUAUUUCAGCCAUCUUACAAUCAAGUGUGAAUUCAUCGUUUAUUUGCGAUGUCUUAUCAGCUCUAUCGGAACACAACGCUUGGUAAUACCCUGCAGGAAACUUUGGACGAGCUGAUUCAGUAUGGACAAAUAACUCCAGCUCUGGCAGUCCGGGUGUUGGUACAAUUCGACAAAUCCAUCAACGCCGCCCUAUCGAAUCGAGUAAAAUCCCGCGUAACGUUCAAGGCGGCAAAGCUCAAUACUUACCGAUUCUGCGACAAUGUUUGGACGCUCAUGCUAAAUGACGUCGAGUUUCGCGAGGUGCACGAAUUUGCCAAAGUAGAUAAGGUGAAGAUUGUGGCAUGUGAUGGAAAGAAUGUCAACGUAAAUGACGAUAUCGGAAGAACCGAUCGAUAGUAAUGGAUUAUUUGAGGGUUUUUUUUGUUUGUUUUAUAUUAGUUAAAUGCACAACUGUUACUGUCAUCCUGCAUCGGGAUAAAUUAAGAAAAGGUUAAAAAAUGAAACGAAAAUAAAUACUGUCGAUCGAAA